AUGCAAACUUUAUACAAGCAAAACAGCAACAUCACACAAUCUACAGGGUCUUUCCUAGCUUCUGCUCCUGUAGAGCUAACCACCGUAAAGGGUUAUGAGGAUUUCAUGGCCAAACAACAAAAGUCUAACGCUAAUGUCACUACGAUAUUGAGCGAAGAUAAGAGCUGCGGAUACGUUCUGAAAGGCGGUGAAGCUAUCGCUACUAUCUCUGGAGAAGCCAAGGACCAUCUGCUGGCUUUGACUGGUGGUGGUGUUUAA